AUGCCAACAACAACAACACCAUCAACGUUUGGUGGCUUAGAAAGUCCAAACUUAAACUCAUCCAACACUCAUGCACCUCCCAAACAAAGCCCCCGAGAAUCGCGUGAUCUUCCUCCUUUACUCUCUUCUUCUUAUCCAAUCACUCUUAAGUUUAUGGACGUGGGAUACAGAUUAAAGAUAGAGAAUAAAAAAGGAGGGUGCAUCAAGAACUUCUUUACCGCGCUCGAACCACAACCGUCUGAUCAAAGAUCAACGCAAGAGAGAAUCAUUCUCAACGGUGUAACAGGAAUAGCUUACCCAGGAGAGAUCCUAGCCAUUCUAGGCCCAUCUGGAAGCGGAAAAUCGACGCUGUUAAACUCACUCGCAGGGAGGCUUCAUGGAAACGAUCUCACUGGAACAAUCCUCGCUAACUCAUCAAAACUCAACCGAACCAUUCUCCGUCGAACCGGGUUCGUUACACAGGACGAUAUUCUCUACCCUCACUUAACGGUUCGCGAGACACUGGUUUUCUGCUCCAUGCUGCGUCUCCCGAGGACGCUUUCGCGGGAGACGAAGGUAGCAGCGGCGGAGUCAGUGAUCGUGGAGUUAGGUUUAAGCAAAUGUGAGAACACUAUCAUUGGCAAUAGCUUCAUUCGCGGUGUUUCUGGUGGAGAGAGGAAGCGCGUGAGUAUCGCUCACGAGAUGUUGGUGGACCCGGCGCUUUUGAUCUUGGAUGAACCUACCUCUGGAUUGGACUCCACGGCGGCGCACCGCCUUGUGUCGACGCUGGCCUCCUUGGCGAGGAAAGGGAAGACAGUGGUUACGUCAGUGCACCAGCCGUCGAGUCGUGUCUACCAGAUGUUUGAUAAAGUGCUUGUGUUGUCCGAAGGUAACUGUAUGUACUACGGCAAAGGAACAGACGCCAUGAGGUAUUUCGAGUCGGUUGGAUUCGCUCCAUCCUUCCCGGUUAAUCCGGCGGAUUUUCUGCUCGAUCUCGCUAACGGUGUUUGUCAUGUAGAUGGUGUAAGUGAAAAAGAUCGACCAAACAUAAAGCAAAAUCUAAUUCAAUCAUACAACACAGAACUCGGUCCAAAGGUAAAAUCUCUCUGCAUGGACACAGCAAAUGUUUCAACAAAAGGAACUAACCCUGUAAGAAGCAACUCUUCAAAAGAACGUAGAUAUAAUGACAGAGUUAGCAUCUUUGAUUGGUUUUACCAAUUCAGUAUUCUACUCCAGAGAAGCCUCAAAGAAAGAAAAUAUGAAUCAUUCAACAUACUGAGAGUUUCUCAAGUUGUUGCCGCUGCAUUACUAGCUGGUUUAAUGUGGUGGCAUUCAGACUAUAUGAACAUUCAAGAUAGGCUUGGAUUACUCUUCUUCGUUUCAAUCUUUUGGGGUGUAUUCCCGUCUUUCAACUCUGUGUUUGCAUUCCCACAAGAGCGCGCAAUCUUUGUAAAAGAGAGAGCUUCUGGUAUGUACACAUUGUCAUCCUAUUUCAUGGCUAGAAUUGUCGGCGACCUACCAAUGGAGCUUAUUCUUCCAACAAUUUUCCUCAUUAUUACAUACUGGAUGGGAGGAUUGAAGCCUGAUUUGUUGUCUUUUCUCUUAACAUUGUUGGUUGUUCUUUUAUUCGUGCUUGUAUCACAAGGUCUUGGACUUGCUUUAGGUGCAGCAAUAAUGGAUGCUAAACAAGCUUCCACAGUUGCAGCAGUUACAAUGCUAGCAUUUGUUUUAACAGGUGGAUACUAUGUUCAUAAGGUUCCAUCUUGUGUUGUUUGGAUCAAAUAUAUAUCCACAACAUUCUAUAGUUACAGACUUUUGACUAGAAUUCAAUAUGGUGAUGGCAAAAAAAUUGCUUACCUAUUGGGUUGCAAUCAUGAGAGUAGUACUAGUGAUGGAGCUAACUGCAAAUUUCUUGAUGAAGAUGUGGUGGGUCAAAUGGGCCCAAUGGGAAGCAUUGGAGUGUUGUUUUUCAUGUUUGUGUUUUACAGAUUAUUGGCUUACCUUGCCUUGAGACGUAUAAAAAAUUGA